UACCCUCCGAGCGAGAAAGCCUUUACUCGCGAGAGUUCCAUCCUUCUCUGGGUUCCUCCGCCGGCGCCCAGAUCGCGCGAGACCGCGGAGGGAGCUGGAGCGUCUGGCGCGCGCGGCGGCCGCGACGGACGCAAGAUGGCGACGGCGACCAUAGCUCUCCAGGUCAAUGGCCAGCAAGGCGGGGGGUCCGAGCCGUCGGCGGCGACAGUGGUGGCAGCAGGAGACAAAUGGAAACCUCCACAGGGAACAGACUCCAUCAAGAUGGAGAAUGGGCAGAGCACCUCUGCGAAGCUGGGACUGCCUCCCCUGACGCCUGAGCAGCAGGAGGCCCUCCAAAAGGCCAAGAAGUAUGCCAUGGAGCAGAGCAUCAAGAGCGUGCUGGUGAAGCAGACCAUCGCGCACCAGCAGCAGCAGCUCACCAAUCUGCAGAUGGCAGCAGUGACAAUGGGCUUUGGAGAUCCUCUCUCACCUUUGCAAUCGAUGGCAGCUCAACGGCAGCGAGCACUGGCCAUCAUGUGCCGGGUCUACGUGGGCUCAAUCUACUACGAGCUGGGGGAGGACACCAUUCGCCAGGCCUUUGCUCCCUUUGGACCCAUCAAGAGCAUCGACAUGUCCUGGGACUCUGUCACCAUGAAGCACAAGGGCUUUGCCUUUGUGGAAUAUGAGGUACCAGAAGCUGCGCAGCUGGCCCUGGAGCAGAUGAACUCUGUGAUGCUGGGAGGCAGGAACAUCAAGGUGGGCCGGCCGAGCAACAUAGGACAGGCCCAGCCCAUCAUUGACCAGCUGGCUGAGGAGGCACGUGCCUUCAACCGAAUCUAUGUGGCUUCUGUGCAUCAGGACCUCUCUGACGACGACAUCAAGAGUGUGUUUGAGGCCUUUGGCAAGAUUAAAUCUUGCACGCUGGCCCGCGACCCCACAACUGGCAAGCACAAGGGCUACGGCUUCAUUGAGUAUGAGAAGGCCCAGUCGUCCCAGGAUGCCGUGUCUUCCAUGAAUCUCUUUGACCUGGGUGGCCAGUACUUGCGGGUGGGCAAGGCUGUCACCCCUCCCAUGCCCCUGCUUACACCUGCCACACCUGGAGGCCUCCCACCUGCUGCUGCUGUAGCUGCAGCUGCAGCCACAGCCAAGAUUACAGCUCAGGAAGCAGUGGCUGGAGCAGCUGUGCUGGGUACCCUAGCCACACCGGGACUGGUGUCCCCUGCACUGACUCUAGCCCAGCCUUUGGGGGCCUUGCCCCAGGCUGUCAUGGCUGCCCAGGCCCCAGGAGUCAUCACAGGUGUGACCCCGGCCCGGCCUCCCAUUCCGGUCACCAUUCCCUCUGUGGGAGUGGUGAACCCCAUCCUGGCCAGCCCUCCUACAUUGGGACUCCUGGAGCCCAAGAAGGAGAAGGAAGAGGAAGAGCUGUUUCCCGAGUCAGAGCGGCCAGAGAUGCUGAGUGAGCAAGAGCACAUGAGCAUUUCAGGCAGCAGCGCCCGCCACAUGGUGAUGCAGAAGCUGCUCCGAAAGCAGGAGUCUACGGUGAUGGUUCUGCGCAACAUGGUGGACCCCAAGGACAUCGACGACGACCUAGAGGGGGAGGUAACUGAGGAAUGUGGCAAGUUUGGUGCUGUCAACCGAGUCAUCAUCUACCAGGAGAAGCAGGGUGAAGAGGAGGAUGCAGAGAUCAUUGUCAAAAUCUUUGUGGAGUUUUCUGUAGCUUCUGAGACUCACAAGGCUAUCCAGGCCCUCAACGGGCGUUGGUUUGCAGGCCGCAAGGUGGUGGCUGAAGUGUAUGAUCAGGAGCGCUUUGAUAACAGUGACCUCUCUGCGUGACCUCGGCCCAUUCCCUGGACUUGUACUUACUUGUUUCUGGUUUCUUCGAGUGUUUUAGAGCCAUUUGUGGUGUCUGGGACAGCAGCCCAGCUUGUGUAUAAAGGUGCAGAUGCUGCCGGCCCUGAAUGUC